AUGUCAGCAGUGAUCCGCCUUCAACUGGCAACCGUGUUGGCCACACUCAAGGACAAAGGACUUGCUGUUUUGGCCGCGUUAAAUGCCAACAACACAACUGUGGAAGAAGAUGAUCGUCUAGAAGUGGAAGCGUUCCAACUCGAACAAGCUGCUGGAAGGGCUCAAGCACUGAUGGAUAAAUGGUCAGACUUCAUUGCCCGACUCAUGCCAACGGAACAACAAGACGAAAUGGACAUUCUUCAAGCCUUCCCGCCGUCGAGAGGCGAAGUAAGAGAGGAUGAUGAACUCACCGCAGUGGCGCAAAUUGAGCGGAGUUUGGAACUGGUGGUCCUGGUCAACGUAUGCCUGCAGCAACGAAGAAACGGCGGUCGUGGUUCAGUCUCCUCUCAACGAUCUGAGAAGUCCGCUAGAGUGAUUGAGGACCAAACUGGUAAUGCGCGACGACAGACGCAACACCCAAUAGCGAAUGGUCAACAUGGUUACUCACCUGAACAUCCUGAUGGUUUUACACGACGUCCAACUCAAACGCGCAUUAAUGAUCACCAAGCUAGAACUGGCAAUGGAACAAGUGCCCAUCACACCACCUCUGUUAGCCAGGCUGGAUUUUCACCAUACCAACAACAAGGAACAUACCAUGGUACACCACUCUACUCAACCUUCAGGCCAUUUCGACUAGAACCGAUGAAAUUUGCUGGUGACCCUAAAGAAUGGACUGCCUUUUGGAUGGCUUUUGACCGUGCUGUCAACAGUCAACCUCUUCCACCGUUUGAGAAACACCUAUGUUUAUUGCAAAGUCUGGUACCUGGCUCUGCGGCGCACCGUGCAAUUGAUGGUUACCCACCGUCGGAUGAGAACUACCCGAUGGUGGUCAGCAUACUCCGACACCAAUUUGGAGAUGUAAAAGCCCUACGCGAAGUCUUAAUUGCUGAGUUGUUACACCUGCCGUUGGCCAACAAUUCACUGUUCUCUAUGCGCAAUCUCCAUGAACAUGUUGAACGAAUAUGCCUGCAGCUCGAAUCACCAGAGGGCUCAAACUCAAUUCAGGAUGAAAUAGUGUGUGGCAUCAUCCGGUCAAAGCUACCACCUGAAGCUCUGGAGACUCUGAUUGGCUGGGAAGAAGACGAAAAUGCUGAAUGGACUCUGGCUGAACUCCGCAAGGGACUUGGACGUCUGGUUCAACUCAAAGAGCGAUUGGAGCUCACCAUCACCACUCUUCGUCCAAACAAGUUGGAACAACCAACCAUGCUUGAGGAGCAACCUCACUACAGCCAGCCGACUGAACGAAGUGAUCACCAUGAGCCAGCCGACGUCUCUCGUGCAUUUAUGGCUACGCAAUCAACUGGCCCAAUUGAAGCUCAGCAUGCACUACAUGCUCGUCCAACGCAAUCACCAAACCAGCCUGUCGAACAUCAUGCACUACCUGGUCGUCCACCACAAUCACCAGUUGAGGAAUAUGGUUGUUCACUGUGCCACACUGGGCCAACACACAAGCCAAGCCGUUGUCCAAUGUUCAACACACGCCAGAGACGCAAAGCUCGUCUUCUUGACCAAGGCCGAUGCCUCAACUGCCUAUAUGAUGGCCACCUGCUCAACAAGUGUCGUGCUGCCAACAAGUGCCGUAGAUGUGGAGGCCGACACCACUUCAUGCUAUGUGUACAACGUCAAAACAAAAAGCGUGUGUACUACCCAACUGGUCAACAUGUUGGACCAUUUAACUCAAACUGGAGGCAACCCCAAUCUGAAAAGCGUGUGUACUAUCGGACUGGCCUCCACAAAGGAUCAUCCGAAUCAAAUUGGAGAGUGCCUACAUCAAUGCAACCUGAAUUGACCUACUCUGGAAUGGUCUUCACUAGCCCACUCAACGACUCUAAAGCGGACUCCAAGUCGUUAACCAGCUCAACUGUGCACAACAGAAGAACCAACCGUCAACUUCGACGCAAAGUGUGGUUAAAUUCUAAGCUAAAAGCCAACCUGCUCAAAUCUAAAAAUGGUCAAGAGACUCCUCCAACUGACAAUGGGCCUAAUAGUUUCAACCGUUCCAAUCGUGUUUGUUCAAUAUGCUCGUGGCGCAUCAACAAAAUCAACGCUGGCUUUACUGCCCCCUUCAAAUGCUCAUCUAUGCAUUUUCUGUUGAUGCUGGCCCUUCCAAUGCUUGUUGGUAUUGCUAGUUGGUGUACACAGCAAGUUGCUCAAAAUGCUCAACUAAAGCUUUUGCGAUCAAUAAUGACUUCCGAGGAUGGAACCUCGUCAUCUGCCACUGAUCAAACGUCUACGAGCUUUUCUAACGCUGGUAAAUUUUUGUGUGUUACCCAAGCUGCGACUACCGCGACUGUCACGUGUAGAAUUACCGCGGCUGCUACUGAAGGAAUUACCGAGGCUGCUACUGAACAAAUAACUAGAAGUUGUUCUACCGCUGCAAAAAUAAAUGUGUGUGCUAACCGAGUGGGAAUUAUCCAGGCUGCCGCAACCAAAACAAACAAAAAUCUAUUAUCUGAGUGCACAUUACGACGUCGACCAUGGAAAAGUUGUUCAUCACGACAAGGACACCCACAAGAAAGCCAGGUCGUGGAGUGCCGCCCCUCACCAAAAGCUCUCAAAAGGGGAAAUCACGAAAGGGCACUCCACCACCAUCAUCAUUGCUCUGGACCACACCAUGCACCCACGCAAUGUGCUGUCAACCCGUCUUCGGCACUGAAGUAG